UGUUUCUUUGUUGUGGAGGCUAAUUGUUUUAGUAGAUUUCCAGAAUGUGGUCAUGUUAUGUGGUGCUCGGUGCGGGAGGGGGCGCUCGUGUCCACGUUGCGUUUCGAGGUUAUUUUGGGCUGUCUCGAGGGAAGAGAGGGGAGAAUGCGGAUUGUUUUUUAACCGGCUGUGUUUUAUGGUGUCGCACUGAGAUGGAAAAGCUAUAAAACGCACGCCCAUAAAUCCAAAUCAAGUCCGUGGAGUGGAAAUCGUUUGAUUUACGGACUCGCUGUAAUAAGUAGCAAAAGGCGCUUUUGUCUUGCGACAGCAGCAAAAGAAAAACGGCUCGUGUACACUUGAAUAGCCCGGAAACGGACUCUCUGUUUUGUGUCUGCGGUUUAUGAAGAUCGCGAGACUCGUUUGCAUGAGUGUUUUUCUUUAGUUGAUCACUCGCUGGAUAAAGGAAGGAGAUUAAACCGAGAAAGACGUGCAACAAAAGAAUCCGCGUGCACGGCCGCAACUCUCGCGAGAUGUCGCGUGGUUUCAGCUUGUGACAUUCGAACUUUGUAAGUCCGCCGUUCGGUUAUAGUCGGCUCCACACGGCGGAGAGUGAAAAGCCGAACCUGGCCGUUUUGUUUCGUAGGGUGUCCUGUCACGCCGAAUGAACUACACACGCGUGUAAAAAAAAAAAAAAGAAAAAAAAGCGCUAUGACGCAGACUCCGAGUCGUCACAUGCGGGUUCUCGAGGACGGCCGUUAACUUCGCCUGCUUGGGGGACUUUUCGGCAGUGUGUGCGCGCGCGGCGUUCGAAGAGAAACCGGAGAUAACCGAGAAUGACUCUGCACAUCAUUUCGUGAAACCUGAAUUGGAAGAUAUUUGCAACCUUGUGCAACCUGGUGACUUAAAAUUGCACAUCAAGUAUUACAGCUUUUAAAAUCACACCUUAUGUUGGACGAACAUUGCCUACAUUUCCCCAUACGAUGGAUGCCCAAAGUUUAAAAGCCCUUGUUCAUUGUUAUCAGUUUGUAUUAGACUGUGAACUGGUCUCUCCCUUCUUUAUUCAUAGUACCCUUCCAGUGCUUUACUCAAUCUCUUUAGUUUGUAAAAGCAUUGACUUCAUUUAAGUGAUCAUCCAAACCAGUUUAAAAGAGGCAUUAAGUAUUUCUCAAUACAUUAUAUAUAAGUGUAUGAGAGUUAUCUAGACUUCGAGAGUCUUCUCACUGUGUGAGCAUAGAUAUGUCUGAAAGUUUUCGAGAGAAAAUGGUAAAGUUCCUGUCCCCUGCUUCAAAAAACUCCAAUGGCUCCAACUCAGACACGCAGUUGGGUGAGCGGAUUGGUCCCGAAGUACGCCGCCGGCAUCACACCAUGGAGAGGGACUCGAAAGCUGAGCACCGAUUUGUCCGGCGCAGUGUUAUUUGUGACUCAAACGCAACAGCUUUGGAGCUUCCUAGCAAGAUUGUUUUCCUAAAUGUGCCGCAGGACGUCUCAGCUGCCUCCAAUGAUCUUAAUGCUGAUUCGAAACCCGCAGUAGAGAGUGAGAUCCAUUCUGUGACUGAUGGGCCUGCUGUUGAAAAGGUGGAGGGAACGAAAGAUAGUGUUCAAGAGGAGAUCGUUGCAGAGCAGAGGCCUGUGGUUUUAGCCAGUCCGGUUGUGGAGACAAAGGAAGAACCAUGUCUGGAGCCAGACAGCAAGAUGUUAGAGCAGGAGUUAGGCAGUAGUGUAGGCACAAAACAGAAAAAUGAUAAGGAGGAGGAUGAAGAAGCUAAAGCGAAGGCUCGUGUGGAUUCAGGGCAGCAGCGUGGGACUGAGAAGCAGGACCAAGUGGACAUCGAGGAAGUGGAGACGAAGGCUAUUGGAACUUCCCCUGAUGGACGAUUUUUGAAGUUUGACAUUGAGAUUGGACGUGGCUCGUUCAAAACUGUGUAUAGAGGAUUGGAUACGGAGACAACUGUGGAGGUGGCAUGGUGUGAACUGCAGGACCGCAAGUUGUCCAAAUCCGAGCGGCAGCGGUUCAAGGAGGAAGCUGGUAUGCUGAAGGGCCUGCAGCACCCCAACAUUGUGCGCUUCUAUGAUUCCUGGGAGGCUCCCUGCAAAGGGCGGAAAUGCAUAGUGCUUGUGACAGAGCUCAUGACAUCUGGCACCCUAAAGACGUAUUUAAAGCGGUUCAAAGAGAUGAAGAUCAAAGUUCUGCGUAGCUGGUGUCGGCAAAUCCUGAAAGGGCUUCACUUCCUUCAUACCAGGUCUCCUCCAAUCAUCCACCGUGAUCUCAAGUGUGAUAACAUCUUUAUCACCGGGCCCACUGGAUCAGUCAAGAUUGGUGACCUGGGCCUUGCCACUCUCAAGAGGGCUUCUUUUGCCAAGAGUGUCAUAGGUACCCCUGAGUUCAUGGCGCCUGAGAUGUAUGAGGAGAAGUAUGACGAGUCAGUGGAUGUCUAUGCCUUUGGGAUGUGUAUGCUGGAGAUGGCUACUUCUGAGUACCCGUACUCCGAGUGCCAGAAUGCGGCACAGAUCUAUCGCAGAGUGACCAGCGGUGUGAAGCCUGGCAGUUUUGAUAAAGUAGCCAUUCCUGAAGUCAAAGAAAUCAUCGAAGGAUGUAUUCGUCAAAACAAAGACGAGAGAUAUUCCAUAAAGGACCUGUUGAACCACGCCUUUUUUCAGGAAGAGACUGGAGUUCGUGUCGAGCUUGCUGAAGAGGAUGAUGGGGAGAUGGUGGCUAUCAAACUAUGGCUGCGCAUUGAGGAUGUUAAGAAGCUCAAAGGGAAAUACAAGGAUAAUGAGGCCAUUGAGUUUUCUUUUGACCUCCUCAAAGAUGUCCCUGAGAUUGUGUCACAGGAGAUGGUUGACUCAGGCUAUGUGUGUGAGGGUGAUCAUAAGACCAUAGCCAAGGCCAUAAAGGAUCGUGUGGCUCUGAUCUGCAGAAAAAGAGAACAGCGAAAACUGGUGCGGGAAGAACAAGAGAAGAGGAAACGGGAAGAAGAAAGGGUGCAGCAGCCUCUCAGCGAGCCCCCCAUUGUGAAACCCCCCAUGUCAACUCUGACACCAGUUCCCAUAGAGACAGAGGAGGCAGAGGGGGAGCAGCACCACCUGCAACAGCAGCCUGGAGUGCCUGCUUCUUCUGUAAGUGGUAUGGAAGGCCAGUACUUGCUGACUACAUCAGAGUCUCAUUCUGGUCAGCCAAUGCUGCCUUCUUACAGCUCAAUGCAGCCUGAGCAGCAGCCUCAGUCCUCUGCAGCACAGCACAACUCUCAUUCCCAGCUUCCUCAGCAGCAUGCUGUCCACCCACAUAGCUUGCCACAGGUUCCUUCUUCACAAGGAAGUAGUUCCCAGCCUCUGAUUCCUGUGUCCCAUCCUGAAUAUACUGCUCCACCACAGACCAGUCUGCCAGCUUCUGUUCAGCCUAGCCUCACCCAACAGAAUAACCAACCCUCGCUGGACACUGCACUUCAAAGCUCAACUCAGCCGCCACCACCGCACAGCUCUCAGGUGGUCCAGGUAUGGCCAGAUCAACUCAGCCCUCCUGUUUUCUCUCCACCUCCAAAUGCUGAACAUCUGUAUUUCUUAUAUCAGGCCUCUCAGUUACACCGGGUUUCUGUAAGUAUUACUCAGUCUCCAGAUCAGACUCAAACACAGGUCAUGCUGAUUCCACUAUCUGCAGAGAGUGGCCUGUCGGAUGCAGCUUCAGGGUUGAGUGAUGGAAAUGAGGGCAAGCACAAGGCUAGCUCCACAAAGCGCUACCAGCGCCGCUCAGUGCGCAGCCGCUCACGUCACGACAAGUCUGCCAAGCCUAAGCUUGUUGUGCUUAAUAUUUCCAGUAUUGGUGACAGAGUGGCUGAAUGCCAACUGGAAACCCACAACAGAAAAAUGGUGACAUUUAAGUUUGAUCUGGAUGGAGAUAACCCUGAAGAAAUUGCACAGAUCAUGGUCGAGAGUGACUUCAUUUUGGAGAGUGAGCGUGAGUCCUUUAUAGAUCAGGUGCAAGAGGUUAUCGACAUGGCAGAUGAGAAAAGAGAGGCUGCUAAAUGCGGGCAUUCUCAGGUGAUAAGUGAUGCAAUCCAACAAUCACCUGAGAUAUCAAAUCCUAAUCUGCCAAGUUUGCCACCCAGUGUGGCUGCACAGGUGGUGCACUCAGCAGGGCGGCGUUUUAUUGUCAGCCCUGUACCAGAAGCGCGACUACGAGAGUCAUUUUUUGGCCCUUCCUCUGCCAGCACAUCUUUAGGAGAUGACCUGGCAGUGUCUGAAUCUUCCAUGGGGCUCGGGCAAACCAGCCAGCCCUCAGUAUUACCUCCCCAACCAGUAUACCAGACCCCAGUUACAGCUGCACAGAACACUUCUCCCACAUUGCCUGUUGGUUCCACUUCCCCAACUACUUCUGCUCAGAUACCCCGAACUGGCAGGACAUCCCCUUCCCCAGCCCCAUUAGAUCAGCCCAUCACUCAACGUCGUACCUCACUUCCCACUCCAACUAUCCCCUACCAGCUGCCUGAGAACAGCCUCGCUGUUCCAGCCUCUGUUGGAGAACAGCUUCUUGCUCCUGUCCAAACUUCCACCCCAACACCUCUGCCUGCAGUUGCCCCUAGCCAGUCUGGGGAGAAUGAGGGAGAGACACAGGGAAAGUCACCAGGCAUUGAGGACAUCCAAGCUCUGGACAAGAAGCUUCGUUCUCUAUUUCAUGACCAGGGUUCAUCCUCAGGUUCCUCAGCCCAGACUGAUGCAUCAGGAGAUGUCACCUCCACCUCCUCACCCCCCAACACCAUCAGUUCUCCACCUCCUGGCUUGGCCUCCUCUGCAGGUCAUGUGGCACCAGCUAGCUUGUCUCUGAGCUCCAGUGGGCACUUUGUACCUGGCCUGUUUUCUUCUCAAAGCCAAGGAGGUCCUGCUACUGUACAAGUGCAAACUAGUCAAGUUGAGCCUACUGUAACAGCACUGCAAACUCCUGUAAGUGGACCCCAAGAUGGCCUGAUGGUGGAAAACAAACAGCCAGUGACUCCACCAACUGGUGAAGGUUUUAGACUUGGGCGAUUUCAGGUUUCAGUGACCACCGAUCAAGUUGUGGACGGGGCCUCUUGCCCGAAUACCAUUCCAGCAUCAUCAACUUCCUCGUCUACAUCCUCAACAUCCUCAGCAGUCUCAACCCCUGAAAACACCAUUCAUAAGUAUCAAACCCUGCCCAGCUCUGAGCAAGAAUUUUCAGAAUCCAGUCCUUCUACAAGUUCUGGACCUCCUACAAGUUCUGGACCUUCUACUGCUGCUACCACUACAAUUGGGCGCUUUCAGGUGACCCCCGGUGCUGAUGUCAAAGUUACUACAGCUGAAAAUAAAGAUCAAGGCUCAAAAGAAGAGGAAGAUGUUGGUAUGUACAGUCUACCAACAGUCCAGCCUAACUCUCAAUGUUUUGGAAGCAGUGAUGACUCUGAGCCAGAGGAUGAAGCCUUUAAGAAAGAGAUUAAAGAGCUCAGGGAGAGGCAUGUAAUUGAGAUCCAGGCCUUGCAGUCCAAGCAGAAAAAAGAAGUUGAGGAGCUUUUUGCACGAAUGGGCAAAGCAUGUCCUUCCAUAGUGUCCUCCUCCCCUGUAGCUGUGUCAGGAGGUCGGCGUAGGCUAACCAAAAGCAAGAGCAACAAAUCUGGCCGUAGUGGCAGUAUCCACAGCAGUCCGCAUCAGCAAGAUAAACGUAACAAACAGGCUGCAGUUAGUCAGUUGACUACAGAAAAGCCUCCGGAUCCUUUAAAUACACUUGUUCAUGAUGUUCAGUCAGAAGGCACAACCACAACAAAUAAAGGAGAAAAUGGGUCAAGUCAAGCUGCUAACCUUCCAAGAAAAGGCACAUUUACAGAUGACCUCCAUCAGCUGGUGGAUGACUUUGCUCGGGAUGCCAUGAGCCAUGCACAGGUCAAGAAAAAUGGCAAACAAAAUUCACAAAGCCUUGAUACAAUUCCUCGUAAAUUCUCUGCACCAGGGCAGUUGUGCUCUGUGGGUGGUUUAUGUGCUCCCUGCGACAACUCUUCUGCUGGAAGGAAGGGUUCAUUGUGCAUGAUGACCCAGCAGCACAACUACCCCUGUAUCCCAUAUGUCCCCCCACAGUGGGUGGGGCCAGCAGGAAAUGGAGGAGGCUUGUUACAGCCUACAACCACAAAUGCUCUCCAGUCCAGUUUCCAGCUGCCCACAGGAGCUCAAAAAGCGGGAACUAAUGGUGCAGGAACCAACAUGCGGACCACUCAAGCAAGCUGAGAUACAAAGGGACAUCAUAACGCACACUGAUUUAGCCCAGUUGUUGACUGUGAAAUGUUCUCAAUCACCUAUAAGCGCAUUGUAGUCCCAAACUAGACUAAAUCUCAGUCUAGCAAACCAGUUUUGCAGGAUGUAUGGCAGUAUAGUACAUCAAAGGGAUAUACUCAGAAAAUUCUGAAGCUCGUCUCCAUUUUAAUCUGUGGGAAUUUGCAAGUGGGCAAGUGAGUAAACAGCAGAACGUCUCAUUGUGUGACUUGGUUAGUACGUGAAAGGUAUGUGCAGUUAGUGCAACUUUGGGCCUUACAGGUGGAUGUGUACAGAUUUGGUAUGACAGUGCUAGACUAAGACAAAACUAAAGCUAUGGCCUUAAUUUCUAAGCGUUAGUCUCUACGAAUGGGGACGCAUGCGCAUGGGAUGUCAUGCUUUAUAAUGUAAUAAAAGUUCCUAGUAUGCAGCUAAAUGGUUAACAUUUUCCUAAGCAGCCUGCAGUUUAGCUUAAACGGCUCUUAUCUACACUGUAUAGUAAAAACAGCAUGACUAGUUUGGACUAUAAAUGCUGCCAGUACCCAAUUUCUGUACCUAAGCAAGACAGCAAUAAAUAAGAUGACUAAAGUAAGUCGGUGAGAAGUUGGAGCAAGGAAAAGCUUUGAUUGGUGAGGCAAAGUUUUAGGUUUAUAUUAUACAUCCUUAUUACAUAGUAAUUGAUAGGGGACCUGUUUCUUUACAUUUUGAAAUGUGUUGAAAACAAAAACCCAGAUGUUAAAAUUUGACCUAAGGACAGAGAUGUGCAAUAUAUAAAGUUUAAAUAAAGCAGGGUGACUAAGCACUUGACAAACCUUACAACCUUUUUCUUUGUAAGUAUUUGCAUUGUGACUUUUGUAUUUGUGACUGCAUUUGACUAUACAACUUGUAGGCCAGUAGUUUCUCAAAAACCCCUGCUGUAACUGUGUGGAUGUCUCGAGGGCAUGUGGGUUGUAGGUGUUUUGCAGUGGCUUCAGCCUGUAGCUUUCUGCAGACUCCGUGGCUGUAUGCGUAUAGGGUGCCUUCUUAAAUGAUAUUUGUUGUGCCAGCUUUGACACACACAGUUAUCCUCUCUUUAUGCAUUUUCUUUAAAUACAUUUGUCACAGUUCAUGCUGGCUAGUACUAUCCUGCUCAAUUUUGGUAGAAUGUUCUCUUUGUUGAAAAUCAGUUACGAUUAUAUAGGAAUGUUGCUGUGAAGUAAAUUAACAAAAUAUCCAAAAUGUACACUUUCUGCAGAUUUACAGUAUUGCACAAUUUGACUUUAUACUCUCAGUACCACUUACUAAGCCACAAAAACACAGUGCCAUUCCCACACAGAAGUGAUUUUUCUCUCACCUCUGAAUUGAUUCGCUCGACUUCUCUAGAGAAGGAAAAAUGUUACUGCAAUGCAGAAUAUGCACCAUUUUUAAAAGGUUAACCAGGCUCGGGAGGCUAAUGUUACUUUUGAUACUUGAGUGCAUUAAUUUUUCUACCUUUUCUUUAAUCUGAUUUUUCAUAACCACUUGAUCGCAACAGUUUUUCAAAUACCACUAGUGUCACAACACACACAAAUCCAGCUAUACUGGCAUUGCUCUCAAAGCUGCAUGUUUUCGAACCAGAAUUUCAAAUGUUUAUUGAAUCAGCAUUAAAUGUUUAGGUUAGAAAAAGGUAAUACUGCUUAUGCAUUGAUUCUCAGUUGUCAGUUUUGUCCCGGUUUUUUAGGUGACUAUAUUGAUGGUUGUGUUAAUCCUUUUUUUUUUUUCUUGUGUAUAUACCAGAAUUAUUACCAGAUGAAUUAAAAAAUUUUAAAAAGA